AUGUUGGCUGGCUGUGCUUAUAUCCACUCAGUACCAUUGAGACUUGUGAUACCUUUCACAUGCUAUUUGGUCCUUACUGGUAUGCAGCUGCACUUUGCCAUAAGGGUUUCGCACCCUGGAUUGGUAUGGCUGGGGUCAAUACCACCGACCAGGGAUCCUAGUGACCCUACCAAGCCUAUACCCCCUAGUAACGGUGCCUGGGUUUCUUAUUAUGCAUAUCGUGUGUACCGCGUUAUCCCGUUCUUGGAUGAGCUUAGGGUGAUCUGCGAUUUUGCUAGCGCAAGAGGGACGGCGUUGUCGCUGUUCAUGUGGUUCAAGCUGGAAGAUGCUUGGCAGAAUCUCUAUCUGGUGCACUACGACAUUGCUGGACGGGCUUCGAUUGACCGACAGACAGGUCCGAAGUACCGUUUCCUGUUGGGUGGCAGUCUUCUCGCCUUCCUGGUCUUUGUCAUCACUGGGCCGCUCACGUUCUUCUCCGGUCUCAACUUAUUGAGAGAGUCUAAUAUGGUCACCAGUGCAUCAAUAGCUAUCUCGUUGAAGGUUGGAGAGUUCUCUAUUCCCGUAUGGAAUACCGAUCAUGUCGGUCUCAGAGUCCCACAGGCAUCGGAGUACCCCCUCAUGCCCGAAGAGUUGGUCUCUUAUACAGCCAUGCAGAGUGCUGACCUCCAGAACGCUACAUUGCCGAAGGCUGCGGAUGAGCUAUGGCAACCGAGUCCACCACUUCGUCGACAGAUCAGAGACUAUAUUCAGGCCAACCAGACACCUGAUGGGGAGGUCAAUGCGACGUUCUGUGUGACUUGGGAGUUUGGUCACUCCCAACCUGGCAGUGUACGGUCCUCGGGCUAUCAUUGCGUGCAGUCAGUGGAGCCGGCGCAGCAGCUUCUGGAUGCGAUGGCCUUGGUGAACGGUAGCCAGCUACAUAUAGACGGGCUCUUACCUAGGGCGCUUUAUCUGAAUGGCCCAUGGGCAAGCCCUCCAGGGUCAUUUCGCCAGUUCACCAACGUAUCGUUGAAGGUUGAAGAGGAGGAUUCUCAGAUAUGGUGGUCUCUGGCUGAGAACCCCACAUUGGCGGUGGUCAGUGAGAGGGCGGUGCCGCCCAGUGCUGGAGGAGGUGCAUCGGCAUCCUCAACUCUCAGCGUCAUCAGCCUCUAUGUGGGCGUGGUUCUCACUAUAGGACGCUUCUUCAGGCUGGUCAUCCAAGACAGCAGUAAACGCAUCAUGUUUGAGGAGCUCCCAUCGGUAACGUAUCUCCUUCAGCUCUGUCAAGGAGUUCAGAUCGCUCGUAUGCGCCACUCACUAGAGGCUGAGCGUGUGCUCUACUACGAAGUUGUCACACUCUACCGUUCGCCAGCUAAGUUGCUGUCGGUCACUGGAAGCACGAGUCAUAUGCCUGAUGUCCUUGUGAGCAAGCGGGCCUCAGCUCAUGCAGCGUUAAGACGGCGAGCUGAACCACAUGGCUCUGGAACCUCGGCUGCUGGUGCUCCCCUACCCCCUGCUGAGGUCUGA